AUGAAUCAGCAACUACUGGAUACCUCCUGGGUAGAACCAGCAGGCCCUGUGAGCCCUGCUUUUAUCGAACUAUCAGCUAUGGACAACUUGACAGCACCUGUUUACCCUUCGCCAACAUUAUUCUUCCCCCUCAAGCCAGGUGUAAACCCCCUGGACCUUUAUGACGAUUGCAGACGGGGUCUCGCGCGUCACUUAUAUGAGAAGCCUCAUCUGUGCGGCAGACUUGUCAAAGAUGUCACAGGAAGAAAUUCGGUUGAAAUCCCUCCAGCACCUUACGCUGGUGCUAAACUUGAAUACUACGACCAUCGGCAUGAGAAGGAAAUACCUUCAUAUGAAGAGUUCAGAAGCUUUGGCUUUCCGUUUGCCGAUGGUAAUAGAGACGGGCUAAGAAAACUUUGCUCCGAGAAUUUUCCACGUGUCCAAACGGGUGAUCCUGUCAUCAUUACCCGUUUCAAUGUUCUCAGAGGUGGGAUCGUUCUGACAGUCUCGGUCGCCCACGCAAUAUGCGAUCUGGUUCAAUACUUAGACUGUAUAAAGUCCUGGGCUACCCAGACGCAAGCCGUUUCCAAUGCUCGGAUGAGAAAUGAGCCGGAGCCUCCACUGCCAAAACAAGUGGCGCCGCAUCUGGUCGAUCGGUCGCCAAUGAUGGCCAACGCACAGAUCGAACAUGAUCUUGAUAAAGUGGCCGCACGGGCAGCAAAUCUUCCGCAUUGGACAAUGCUUGAUCCUCGGGACCCAGAGAGUAUGGCUUCAACAUUAGAAAAUCUCUUCACAACAGCGCGUUUGACAGACUAUGAUCUCGCCUCCGCUGAUGAAGCUGAGCUCCGUCAGCCAUCAGCUAGUGUAUGGACAUUCCCCAAAUCGUCAAUGCAGAUUUUUGAUUUCAUGGCUCAGAAAGGGUCAUCAGGACAGAAAAGGCUGUCGGCAAUUGACUGCUUAACUGCAUUUACCUGGCAGCGUUUCUUCGAAGCAAAAUGGGCACCGAAUCAGUCUGGUCCAGAACCUGUACCUGAAACGACACGUAUCGUUUACGUUGGAAAUGUUCGGUCUCGUCUUACACCUCCCUUGCCUCUCGACUACCUGCCAACAUGUUUGGAUCUAUUCCCAGUCGCCGCAAGAACCAAUGGAUUCCACGUCUGUUCCCCUCGAUCUGUAGCUGAGUUGGCUACCAAGAUUCGCAGCAGUAACAAAGGCUGGAGUGAGGAGACAUUCCGCGAGAUGCUGGAAGUGGCACAGAUGCAUCCAUUCAGCCCCGGUAUAGUCCCAAAUGGCCCUCUAGACGCCUUCACAACCGAUCACACGCGUUUUGGUCCAGCUGCAGCUGAGGAUUGGGGUGCUCUUGGUAGAUGCGAGGCGUUCCGUGAACCGUAUAUUGGCCGAACACCCCCUCUAGGCGAGAUUACCUUCCUCCCGCGUUGGCAUAAUGGGGAGAUAAGCGUCAUGUUCGCGGGUGAAGCGAUUGUCAUGGAGAGGUUGAGAGAUAAUAAGACGAUGAACGCUGCAGCUUCUUGCCAAUUUGUCAUGCAUGACUUCCCCAGGACAGCGAAAAAGGUCAGGCGACCCUCCAGGUUGUAG